AUGGCUUCAUUCCUUACCCCGCGUCAUGAAAAACACGAUGUUUCGGAACUAGAGAGCGGCCACCAUGAGCAAGGGCCAAGGGAAAAUGAGAUUCAGCGCAUCGACGCUAUGGCAACGGCCCAAGGCACUACACUUGCCUCUUUUGAUCAUUUGGACAAGAAGAGAAUUCUAAGAAAGCCAUCAGGUGGAAACAUCGGAAAUGCCAAAAUCGAAGGACUUCAAGAAGAUUUGAACAUGACUGCCGACCAGUACAACUGGUGCCUCACAGUAUUCUUUUUUACCUACGCAGUAUUUGAGGUUCCGAGUAAUUUGCUGCUCAAGAAACUCCGUCCCAGCGUAUGGCUUCCAACAAUCAUGGUCGCCUGGGGUGUUGUCAUGACGCUGAUGGGAAUCGUGCGGAACUAUCACGGACUGCUGGUAGCUCGAAUAUUUCUUGGUGUCACUGAAGCCGGACUCUUUCCAGGCGUAGCGUACUACUUAACCAUGUGGUAUUGUCGCCACGAGAUCCAGCUCCGACAGGCAAUGUUCUUCUCAGCCGCAUCUAUCGCCGGCGCUUUCAGUGGCCUCCUGGCUUUUGCCAUUUCCAAGAUGGAUGGAAUAGGCGGAUUGGAGGGCUGGCGUUGGAUCUUCAUCCUAGAGGGUAUUGUCACUGUCGUCGUUGCAAUCAUGGCAUUUUUCGCGUUGCACGACUUUCCCGAGACAGCCAACUUCUUGACUGAAGAGGAGCGUGCAUUCGUCGUAUUUCGACUGAAGUAUCAAGGACAAGUCCAAGGAAAGGUGGAAAACCACGUACAAGUUGCCGAGGCCGAAGGCUUCAAGUGGAAAUACGUAUGGGAUGCUUUUAAGGACUGGCAGAUUUGGGUCAACAUCCUCGUCUACUGGGGUGUUGUGUGUCCGCUAUACGGGAUCAGCCUUUUCCUCCCAACAAUCAUCCGAAACCUGAACUACACUUCGAGCACAGCACAACUAAUGACGGUACCGAUUUACAUCACCGCUGCAGUACUCGCCGUCAUUGUCGCAUAUCUAUCUGAUAAGCUGGGCAAGAGAAGUCCGUUCAUCAUCGGCUUCUUGUGCAUGAUGAUUGUUGGAUUUUCCAUGUGA